AUGAAUUUGAGGGAUGUAAAAUUGAUAGCAAAAAUCUCCAACCGUGAACAACCAUGUUUAUAUCAAUGGAGUGAAUGGGGUCCAUGCUCGGAAACAUGCUCGUCCUCUUCACGCCUACCAUCUCGAUCACGAUAUGUCCUUAAUAAAACCAUUGUCCAAGCUCGUGGUCGUUUCCCAAGCUGUCCCAGAAAUUUGGAAACAAUGGCCGAACAUAUGCCUUGCAACGUUUAUCGAUGUCCGGUGGCUCUUAGUUCCUUUACUACCUGGACCCAAUGUUUUUACAAAGAUCCUAAUAUUCGUAAACCAGGUGGUUGCUACAGAAUGCGCGAUCUUCCUACCACAAAUCAGCUUAUCUAUAUCGAUACUGAUGAACUUGUUAGUGACUGCGAUUGUCCCGAUCAUAUUGUCUAA